AUGUUUUUUCAGCCACUAUCCUCAUCUGAGAAGCCUCGCGUGCUGAUCAUUGGUGGCGGCUUCGGUGGUAUGUGUGCUAUCGAACAACUGUGCAGUGAGUUCGACGUCACUCUUGUUGAUGCCAAGGAGUAUUUCGAGUUCACUCCGGGCGUGUUGCAGGCAUAUGGUCAGCCUAACUAUCAUACCAAUCUCUCCUUCAACUAUGGUCCCGUGAUCGAGGAGAAGCUCGGUGGGAAAUUCAUCUUUGGUGAAGUGAAGUUUCUUGAUGAGGCCCGCAAAGUUGCCAGAGUAAAACCUAUCUGGUGCAGGGAGGUCGACGUUGCUUUCGACUACUGCAUUGUGGCAACUGGGUGUAAAUUUGGUCUCACUUCUAAGUGGGGUGAGACGCCGUGGGAUGCUACCUCCCUUGAGGACGCUCGUAAGGAGAGCCAAUGGCCUCAGUUCGACGAACGCUAUUUGGCUGGUAGACGAGCUCAUAUUUCUAAUGAGCACGAUAAGCUCACUGAACUCAAUAAUAAAGGAGGCGUAGUUGUGGUCGUCGGUGGAGGUCUUGUUGGCAUUGAGUGGGUUACUGAGAUGGCCCACUACUACCCUAAUCUCCAGCUGCACGUGGUUGAUGCUGGUCCUACUAUUCUACGCAAUCUACCCGAUGCGGCUCGGUCUUACUGUGAGGCCGCGUUAAAGCAGCUCGGCAUUGAAAUACACAUUGCCCAUUAUACUCAAGAACCCGACUUCUACCACAAGCUCGGGCUGAAGAGAGAUCCUGAUUGUGUGUACGAGUGUAUGGGCGUCAAAGCAGGUAACUAUUUUAUGCCUAAAUGUACUUUAACAAGUUUCAACCCUUGUAAACCCGACUGUCUCGAGACCGAUCGUAAAAGACUCGGCCCAGGUGGCGGUGGCUGGAUAAGAGUUAAUAAAAAGCUCCAGGUUCUCAGGGUCGAAUCUGAUGGUUCUGAGGUCCCCUUUGGUGAUGGCUCUGUAUUUGCAGUCGGGGAUUGCAACCUUUGUUCGGAGCUUCCUAUGAUUCCGAAGCUCUGUUUUCCUACAGAACAACAGGCGUAUAAUGCCUCUCAUAAUGUUCGUGUAGCAGCUGGGUUCACUAAGAGCUGGCGUGAGUCUCUUUUUGGUUAUCCUGGUGAGCUGGUAGAUACCUGGACUCCCUGGGGUGCUGGUUUUUAUGCAGUGUCUCUCGGUCCUUAUGAUGGGUGUUUUGUACUGGGGGCAGUAGCUGGCGCUCAUCCAGGCUAUAUGGCGCUCUGGGGGCGACCAGUUGUUCUUCAGAAGAAGAUGAUUGAAAUGACAAAAGUUGAUGAGUAUAGGCGCGGCGUCGUUGGCCGUAGCAUCUGGUAUAUGGUGCAUCGUGUGCCCCUCAUAAAUUGA